AUAUUUUCAAAUCUUCAGGUAAUCCUAGGAGGUGGACGAUGUCAUUUUCUGCCGAAGAAAGAGGAAGAUAUACAAAUCCCAACUGAUAUGGGUCGAAGAGAAGAUGGACAGAAUCUUAUUGACGCUUGGCAAAACGACAAGAAGACUAGAGGGCUUAAGUACAAAUAUGUCGCCAACAAACGAGAAUUCGACAAAGUCGAUCCCAAGAGUACGGAUUACUUACUCGGACUUUUCAACUAUGGACAUAUGGCAUAUGAAGUGGAUCGUGAUUCUGGACCUGACGGGGAACCAUCUCUAGCGGAAAUGACACGGAAAUCCAUUGAAAUACUUCGAAAAAAUCCCAGAGGCUAUUUCCUUAUGGUGGAGGGUGGACGAAUCGAUCAUUCGCAUCAUUUCAACAAUGCACAUCGUGCUCUGACUGACACACUUGCGCUCGAAGACGCAGUCAGUGUCGCUUUAGAAAUGACAUCUUCGGAUGAUACCCUCAUUAUAGUUACGUCUGAUCACUCUCAUGUAUUUGCUUUCGGAGGAAAUCCAAAAAGAGGAAAUCCAAUACUUG